GUGAAAUCUUCGAAUUUUUUUUGUUUCUUUCUCUAAAAUGUUUUUUUUUCCCCGAGAUAGGCAAAGGCGGAACCAGCUAAGGGCCAGGGGGGUCUCAAGCCCCCGGGCCGGCCGGAGAAAUCCAUUGAGGUACAUCCGGGCAUGGCUUAGCUGGUUCAAUUUUUCUCACUUAGCCCCCCGAUUUAGUGGGAGCGAUGGGGAUUAAGGAAUCCCUAACCAAAACCUUAAAAGAUAAUUGCAGAGCCGCAUCUCAAGAAAGAAAGAGAAGGCUGAUUUCAGAAGUUUGUAUAUUGCAUAUUAAACCCUUUUGCUCAGUAAUAUACCAUAAAAGGCCCCAUUAAUUUACUUUAUUCAUUAGGUUGAUGAUAAAUACAUUUUUCUCUCUCUAUCUUCUGAAGGACGGCCAGCCCCCCGAAUAUCGAGAGCUUCUUCCGCCACUGGAGAUAGGAAUAUAGAAACUCUGUCACGAGAUAGUUUCAAGUUUGAUACCCUCCUUCCAUCUUUCACUACAGUUUCUUUUCAUGGAGAUUUUCUCUCCUGUGUCCGUUCUUCUCUUCAUCUUCCUAAUCUCUCUGUACUUUUACAUACAAGGAAAAUCCAAACAGCCCGCCAAAUCUGGCUUCAAAAUCUACCCGAUUCUGGGUACCUUACCGGAAUUCCUCCUCAAUCGCCACCGUUUUCUCGAUUGGUCCUCUGAAGUACUGUCGAAAACCCCCACCAACACCUCCGUCUUCCACCGCCCCGGCGGCGUCCACGGAGUCCUCACAGCAAACCCAGAAAAUGUUGAAUACAUGCUCAAGACCAACUUUGAGAACUACCCAAAAGGAAAGAGAUUCAUCGGCCUUCUGGAAGAUUUUCUGGGUACAGGGAUUUUCAAUUCGGAUGGGGAAUUGUGGAUAAUUCAGAGGAAAACCGCGAGUUACGAGUUCAAUACGAAAUCCCUCCGGAAUUUCGUCAUGGAAAAUGUCAAAUUCGAGUUGCAAACCCGUUUGAUUCCGCUUUUGGAGCAGGCGUCCAGAGCCGAUAACGUUUUGGAUGUGCAGGACAUUUUGGAACGCUUUGCGUUCGACAAUAUUUGCAAAUUAGCAUUCAAUGUCGAUCCAGGAUGUCUGGGAGGGGAUGCGACAGAAGGGGCUGAAUUCAUGAAAGCUUUUGAGGAUGCUGCAACUCUUAGUUCAGGUAGAUUUAUGUAUGCUUUUCCGGGUCUUUAUUUGUUCAAGAAAUUCUUCAACUUUGGCUCUGAGAAACAGUUAAGGAAAUCGAUUUCCGUAGUCCAUGAAUUUGCUGAUACUAUCAUAAACUCGAGACUUGAACAGAGGAACGAGAACAGAGAUGAAGAUUUGCUGUCGAGAUUCAUUGGCAAGUCAGACAAUAUUUCAGGAGAAUUUCUAAGGGAUAUUGUUAUAAGUUUUAUCUUAGCAGGCCGUGAUACAACUUCAUCAGCCCUUUCUUGGUUCUUUUGGUUGCUAUCAACAAGACCAGAAAUCGAGGAAAACAUACUUAAAGAACUCGAAUUGAUUCGAAACAGAGGUGAGAAAGUCAUUGGGGAUGGUUAUGAUCUUGAUGAAUUAAGGGAAAUGCAUUAUCUUCAUGCUGCAAUAUCAGAGAGCAUGAGACUGUAUCCACCAGUGCCAGUUGAUACUAAAGCUUGUUUACAAGAGGAUGUUUUGCCUGAUGGAAAUUACAUUGGGAAAGACUGGUUUAUUACUUAUCACACAUACGCUAUGGGAAGAAUGGAACAAAUUUGGGGAAAAGAUUGCUGUGAAUAUAGGCCAGAAAGAUGGCUGGAGAAUGGAAUCUAUAAACAAGAAAGUCCCUUUAAGUUUCCCGUGUUUCAUGGAGGACCAAGAAUGUGUCUUGGGAAAGAUAUGGCCUACAUUCAGAUGAAAUCCAUUGCAGCUUCUGUUUUGGAAAGGUUCAGAUUUGAUGUGUUGUUAGAUAAUGAUCAUGAGAAGUGUCCUGAGCAUUUGUUAUCUUUGACACUUAGAAUGAAAGGUGGGUUAUUGGUGAAAAUGAAAGAAAGGUGAGUUUGAAAGAAAAUGAUGGGUUUGGUUUUGGUUUGUUCGGUUUAGCAUUUUGUGUGCGAAGAAUCAAGGAAUCUGUGGUUUAUAAGUAUAUACUUGUCCUGUUUAAAAUCUUAUGAAUUGUGAUGUUCUCCUGUGAUUGAGGGUUGAAUGUAAGUUUCACUUUUAGUUCCUCAUACUUUCUCUAUUCCAAAAUUAUUGUGUAGUUUGGAUUUUUAUUUAUAGUUUAAUUUAUAUUAAAAAUGAAAUUUCAAAUUGAA